AUGUCCCAAGAAUCCUCCUACAACACCCGCCGCGCACACAUCCACGCAGCCUACCUCCUGCCCUACCUCCGCCCCGACCAUGCAGUGCUGGACGUCGGGUCCGGGUCCGGCAGCAUAACGCGCGACCUGGCGACGAUCUGCAAGGACGGGCACGCGAUCGGCGUCGACAUCUCGGCGGCGAUGGUGUCGUUUGCGCAGGAGACGCACGUGCGAGCGCCCGACGGCCCGCCGAACCUCUCGUUCCAGGUCGCCGACGCGCAGGACCUGGCGGCGUUCCCGGACGGCAGCUUCGACGUGGUGCACGCGCACACGUGCUGCACGCACGUCCCGGACCCCGUGCGCGCCCUCCGCGAGUUCCGCAGGGUGCUCAGGCCCGGCGGCCUCGUCGCCCUCCGUGAGCCGCUCGACAUCGUCCGCGACGUCAGGUGGACCCCUGACGUCCCCGGCCUCGAGCUGCAUGCCGUCUACGCCGCUGCCCUGCUCAGCGCCCGCGGCGGACACCCCCGGGCCGGCACGAUGCUGGAGGCCUGGGCCCGCGAGGCCGGCUUCGAGCGCAUCGCCUGCGGGGUCGGCGAGGAGCGGUCCGCCGAGGCGCUGCAGGUCGUGGGUCGUGGCAUUGGCGUCGACGAUGCGCUGGCCAAGGGGAUCUUGACCGAGGAGGAGCUGGCGAGGUUGAGGGCUGCGUAUGAGGUGUGGGCUGGCACUGAAGGUAGGGACAAGGUUGCGCGGUGUGCAGAGGUUCUUUGUUUCAAGGAUUGA